UCCAGGAAAUGUGCCUUGGCACCAGUCGGACGGGCGCUUCCCCGCAGGUUGGUGCGCUCCUCUCUGGAGCCGUCCAGGGAGCCGCGGUUCGCUCCGCACCCCGGGGAGCGCCGGCGGCGGGGAGGCGGGGGGGGACGGGACAGCCGGRGAGGCAGGAGCCGCCGCAAGACCCCCCAGGAGCGGUGGCUGUGGACGCCUCUCCCGCCGGCUCCUCGCAGGAAGGCACCGCCCGGGCCGCCCCAGGCGGGCGGCGCGGCCCCUCUCCCGGCCCGGCUCCCCACCAUGCUGGACGGGCUGAAGAUGGAGGAGAGUUUGCAGAGCGCCCUGGACCCCGCGACCCCCUUCUCCUCCUUGCUGGGCAGAGCCGCGACCCCUAAGUCGGUGUGCGAAGGGUGUCAGCGAGUGAUUUUGGACCGGUUCUUGCUGCGCCUGAACGACAGCCUGUGGCACGAGCAGUGCGUCCAGUGCGCGUCCUGCAAGGAGCCCCUGCAGACGACCUGCUUCUACCGCGACAAGAAGCUCUACUGCAAGCUGGACUAUGAGAAGCUGUUCGCRGUGAAGUGUGCAGGYUGCCUGGAGGCCAUCGCKCCCAGCGAGCUGGUGAUGCGCGCCCAGAAGAGCGUCUACCACCUGCACUGCUUCUGCUGCUGCGUCUGCGAGCGGCGCCUGCAGAAGGGCGACGAGUUCGUGCUCAAGGAGGGGCAGCUGCUCUGUAAGGGCGACUACGAGAAGGAGCGGGAGCUGCUGAGCUUGGUGAGCCCGGCUCUGUCGGAUUCUGGCAAAAGUGAUGAUGAGGACAGCAUCUGCAAGCUGGGCCAGGCCUCGGGGAAGGGCGCUGAGGAUGGGAAGGAUCACAAACGGCCCAAGCGGCCGCGGACGAUCCUGACCACGCAGCAGCGYAGGGCGUUCAAGGCAUCGUUCGAGGUCUCCUCCAAGCCCUGCAGGAAGGUGCGGGAGACGCUGGCAGCAGARACGGGGCUGAGUGUCCGCGUGGUGCAGGUCUGGUUCCAGAACCAGCGGGCAAAGAUGAAGAAGCUCGCCAGGAGGCAGCAGCAGCAGCAGCAGGACCAGCAAAACACACAGCGCCUGAGCUCAGCCCAGACAAACGGCAGCGGCAGCGCGGGGCUGGAGGGGAUGCUGAACCCCUACACCACCCUGCCCCCGCCCCAGCAGCUGCUGGGCAUGGAGCAAAGCGUCUACGGCUCCGACCCUUUCCGGCAAGGACUCACCCCGCCCCAGAUGCCCGGAGACCACAUGCACCCCUACGGUGCCGAGCCCCUCUUCCACGACCUGGACAGCGACGAUACCUCACUGAGCAACCUGGGCGACUGCUUCCUGGGCACGGCGGACGCGGGGCCGCUCCAGGCACGAGUGGGAAACCCCAUCGACCACCUGUACUCCAUGCAGAACUCCUACUUCACCUCCUGAGUGCGGCGUGGUGCCCGGCACGGGGCAGCCUCCAUCCCGGG